UGUCUAUUAUAUACCAAUGGAAAGCCUCUCACUAUCAGAACUGUUCAAUCGUGGACAAGGCGCCUAUCUCAGCCUAAAAGAGUCCAAGCUGGCUUCUGCCGACCCACAAUUUCAAAGCCAAGUCGAGCAAGGGAUCGCCUACCUAGAAAAAGCCAGCGAUCUAGUACAACGAUUAGGAAUCUUCAGCGAAAACGAGAUUCUGGAGGACAUCAACGUUAAUGACUUGCGAUUUCUUCUUGUCAAUGCGUAUCUCGGCGGCUUGGUGUUGCAGAGAACUGGUGGAAAUAGAAAAGAGAUUCUUGACCUUGCAAAGAAAUAUCUUGUUGAAUUUGUACACACAUGCGAAGUCCAUCAAGUCAUAUCACCAGUCGAUGCAAAGCUUUUUAAGCGAUUUCAGGACAAUGAUGCGACUCCUAAUUUAAAUGUCGCCACCAGUCGCGAGCAAAAGAUUGAUAGAUACAAACGAGAAAAGGAAACCGAAGCAAAAAUCAAGGAACUUCAAGAAAUUUUAGACAAGGCUGGAGAUACAUCGGGUGAAGGCGAUAUGGAUGUAGAGGAUAUUGAGCGCGACCUGGUCAUGUCAUUGGUCCAAUUCCAGAUCAUAAAGUCACUCGAGCACCUUCAGUCAAUAGAUCAAGAAUAUGUUAUGGUUUUGGAAAUGGAGAAGAUGCGAGAGCGCGCCGCUCGUGGAGAUACCAGCGACCAGCGCUCACCCCAACCUAGAAUUGAUCCAAGAAACGCCACUGGACCGCUCCUCUCCAAAACCGGCACACCACUUCGCCCAUUCAUCAUCACAAGUAAACGACAAGAACUCAAAGAUCAAGUGUUCCGGCCGGGAUGGGCGCUACCAACCAUGACAAUCGACGAAUACCUUCAGCAAGAAGAAGAACGUGGUAAUCAUAUCAAAGGAGGCGGAAAAGACCAGCCCAAAAAGCCGGAGAUUGACGAUAACGAUUAUGAAGCGCUGGACGCUGAAACCAUGAAGGCUCGGGACUGGGAUGUCUACAAAGAGGAUAACCCGAAGGGAUGGGGUAACCGAGGCAAUAAAGGAUGAUCUUUGUCAUUGGCGAUAAGCGAUGUGGAUGAAUUAUAAUAGAAGUUAAUAAACUAUGAGAAAAGAGUCUUUACUACAGCUUAAUA